AUGUUUUCGCAGCUCCGUCGAAAAAAGAGAGCGCGAGCGGGAGCGAACUUCGUUGUUAUGUCCCGGUGCUGCGGUUCCUUCGAUUGCGGAAAAGACCACGCCGCCCCAGAAUAUUGCUAGCACUGCGUCUGCACGGAUAGCCUUUCCGGGCGUGUGUAUCAAGGGUUCUGGUCCGCGUGGCUCGUGGUAGUAGUAGUCUUCACCCCGCAGUCUGCAUCAGCAGAAUUGUGUUGUGUCUCGUGUGUGUGUGUGUGUUGUUUGUGGUGUGGUGGUCAGUAAAGAAUCGUGAGCUGAGCAGUGGUCAGUAAAGAAAAAUAACCUCAAACAAAAAAAAAACCCGACCGGAAUUGUUAACCGUACCGGGAGUAAUCGAUCCUUUCGGAUCUCUAACCGUACGGUGGAGUGAUUGUGUAUCAGAUUGCCUUCAGUCAUCGCACCAAACCUUAGUUUGCUUUUAGUUAGCAUCAGGUAAGAGUGCAUCGGGAAGCAAAACAGUUGUGAAGUGAGUGCAAUGUAAGCAUACUGCAACGUACGCGUGCAGGAAAAGCUCCUCAGAAGGGGGGAGGGGCUUUUAUGUGUUGUGGUGUGUGUGUGUGUGUGCUUAACAACGACGUGUGUAACUUCGUGUGAUUCGUGCGAAUUUUGAUGGUGUGAAUAGUUUGUGUGUGUCUCGUGCGUCAAGGUGGUGAAUGUUUGUGUGAAGGUGUUUUCCUGCUAACGUUCGCCCAAACUUGUGCUUUAUGCUACCCAUCCACCGUGUUACUAUGUUUGUGUUAGUGUAAAAGCAAGCACGUGUGUGUGUGCGGCUGUGAAAAGAAAAACCGCCAAACGCCGCCUAACCGUCAUCGUGGUGGAUCUGCAUACUUCCGUUCCGAGAAGAAGCUGCUCGGCACACCAUUUCCGGUUGGGGGUUUUCCCACCUCAGCAUCCUUUCCUUCCUUCCCAACCCACUUCCACCCCGGGUGCGCGCCUCGUGCCGGCACCCUUGGCAAUCAUAAUUGACUGUACACCGGGAGCCUUCGAAACGCCGCCACAUUGGAAUAUCAGGAGGAGAGUUGUGCGUGUUCGCACAACGUGGAACCGCCGCCACCAUCCUGCUGCAGAGUCAUGGUUACCAAAAUAUGGAGCAGCUGCAUGCCCAAACCGAGCAGCUCACCGAACCGCGUCGAACGGCAUCACUUCUAUCUGUGUCAGUGGCAAAGCAGCACCCAGGUUGGCAUAUGCUACCUGCUGUACCGGCUGAUAGUGGCCAUCGUGUUUCUGGCGAUGCUCGUCUGCUCCGUGCUGGACAUCGGGCGCUCCGAACCGAUGUACGACCAUCACUACGAAAAAUGGUGGAUCUACCUGACACACUGGGCGUUGAUAGCGUGCACCGUACAGGCCUGGCUGGCAGCCAUCAUCGUCACCAAGGGUCUGAUGAUUGACCGGAACGAGUUCGAGUGGAACAUUCACGUCGCAAGGGAAAGCCGACUACAUUCGGUGUACUGGAUUGCGUACACGAUUGCUACCGUCUACUCGUUCAUCGUCACCAUCGUCUACUGGAUGUUCGUGUACGAUCCAAGUAAAAACCGUGUCGAUGCCGUCAAUCUCAUGGUGCACGUGCUCAACUCCAUCAUUAUGCUAAUUGAUCUAACCAUCGUCGGACAUCCGAUCAAGCUCAACCAUGCGUACUGGACGACCGGUAUGGGAGUGGCGUAUGCGCUGUUUUCCAUCGUCUAUUACUUGGCAGGUGGAACGGACAGACACAACGAGUCCAGCAUCUACAAAAUGCUUGACUGGACCAAACCGGGCAAAUCGAUCGUGAUCUGCGCGCUCGGCAUCUUCGCCGUGUUUCUGAUGCACUUCCUCUGCUACUGCCUGUACUGUCUGCGGGUGUGGCUGUACGCGCGCGUCUGCGUCCAGGGCAAUAGCAGCAAAUCGAGCAGCAACGAGAAGAUCACCUCCAUCACGCGAACGCUCUCGUCGAUGGAGGAAGCACAGCGGGAAAACUUCCUCAACCCGACCGCCGUCGUCGAUCUGAAAGAGACGCGCCACGAUGGACGUGGUGGUUCGCGCCAGGUGGCCUCCCUACGCUAGUCGCACUUUUGCUCGACCAAAAUAUUUCCAAACACUCAAACACACACACAUUCAGAGUUAACAGCGAUCCGAUCGUGCGGGCAUAAUAUUAUAAUGGUGUGAUGAUGGUGCUCGUGUGCUUUUCCACUUUCGUUUUGUGGGAUUUUCGUUUGGGUAAUUUUCACAGGGCGGGCAAGCAAGUUUUUAACCAAGGCGUUAAUUGUGUGUAAAGGUUUGUCAGCAGCGAGAAGCAAACGUAGAAUAGCUUGUGGUACAGUUCGGCAGGAAUGUGCUAGAAUUCGAAUCGUUGUCUUUGCAUGUCCUUAUGAAGGGCGCACGCAUUUUAGAGAGAGGUACGGCCAAUCCAGCGCCCGUAAUGGCGCGUAUGGUACGGUAAGUGGAUUUCAAUACUCGCAUUUAACAAAAAAAAAAGUAUUUCCGUUCGGUUAUUGUGUAAGUUUAGGUAGUGAAUUAAUUUAGCCAAAAACCAUAUCUUCUGCACCUUUAUGCCAAAAACGAAAAAAAAAGCCGUGCAUCGGUCACACAUUCCUAACGUAGGAUUCCUUCCGUAGGGAAACAGUAUAAACAGCAUUUCAACCAGCAGCAAGCAAACCAAUCUCUCGCAUAGAAUGAAUACCUACAUUAUACCUCUCAAACUCUCUCUCUCUCUCUAUUAAACGAUACAAGUAACAAACAAGAUGAUUCCUCGCUUUAGUUUUUACGUUCACGUUUAAUUUUCACCUCGUUCUGUCUCACACUCACACUCCACUAUUCCCGUCCUAGAUUUUCCGUCGGGUUCGUUCACAGUAGUAUCUCUAUUUCCCGUAAUCGUAUUAUAAAGAAGCAACACAAACACACACACACAGAAAAGGAGCAAUAAAAUGCAGCAAAAAAAAUGGAAAAACACACACAGACACACAGUAAAGUAAAACGUGACAGAAAAAAAACCCCAAAAAAAAUCACCGAUUUGAGCGCCUACCGUUCAACCAACUGACAUCACUCACGAAAUGUUAGAUCUAGCGUAUAAAGUUACUAUUUGCUCACAACACAAAAACCAAACGUUUUUUGUCGGACGGUGAACGCGGCAGGGCUAGUUCACACAUCACUUCACCCAUACACUCACACAAACAAGUAAAGAAGAGAAAAAACAGAAAGAAAGAUUAUUAUAACAAUAGCAACAGCAACCAAAACAAAAAAAGGAAAGUUAAGAACACACACACAAGCAAAUUAAAUAACAAAAAACUACCAAAAAAAACGUUGGAUCCGUAAGAAUGCGUCUUUAAAGUACAGUCGUUGAUUCUAGAAAUAUAUUUGAAGACAUAAAACAAAAGUAUCAUAGUGGGAAAAACACAUGCAAAACGAAAGAGAAAACGAAAGAGAGGAAAAGAACAAACAAAAAAGUGACUUUAGAAUUGUUUGGCAAAGGAGGGUUUGAAGUGAAAAGAAACAACAAAAAAAAAAAAAGAUAGGAAAUGAGUUGAUAAAGUAUAGUAGAAUAUAGAAGUGAUCGAGAAGUGGCGAAAGAUGAUAGGCAAAAUUCGUUACAAAUAGUGUUGCAUGAUGGAACAACCGCAAACAGCAACAGCACUGGUGAUAUUCUCAGCUGUUACGAGGGGGAAGUGGUGAAUGCAGAGGUUGGAAAAAGUUGGACAACCCACAUCCCCGUUUGUGCGUUGAUUUUAGCAAUAAAAACCGUUUGACGAGUACACCGAUAACAGCUGACAUCGAGCUUCCGGGAAAUCCUAUCCCGGUAAUCGGUGGUGGACGGUAUCGGCGUUAAAAGGAAUUUGCUACUGUAAAGCGCGCUCUAUAGGAUGCAUUUUAUUGAGAUAUAACAAACACACAAAAGUAUUGAAACAGACAAGCAAGUAGCAAAACCCAGAGAAAACAUAAGACGUGUUAUAAAACGGGGGCAUGCGCAUGACGGGGGUGUGUGCCCCUCGAAGCGCAGGAGGAAACGAGAAAAAUCAAACACUAAAAACCAAAACAACAAAAAAACAUUCCAUUUAUAAAUUUGAUUGGUUUGUUUAGAGUGAAGUGAAUGCAAAAUAUAUAAAAAUCAUGUUCAACUGGUUGGA